AUGGUCGACGGAAACAUUCCUGGCGAGAGCAAUGCUCUCAUGGUUCGUGCGCCUGCUAUUGUCUUCUUCGUCUUGACGCCAAUCUUCGUGGGCAUCCGUUUUUGGUCACGCAUGAAGAUGAGAUCUGGCCUAGGGUGGGAUGAUUGGACAAUUCUAUUCUCGUUUGUCUGUUGUCUCCUCGUCUCGAUCCUGAUGAUGAUCUCUUGUGAAUAUGGGUUCGGUGAACACAUCAAGAACUUGUCGAAACCCAACAGGCUUAUGACACUGAAGCUCUUCUACGUCGCCCAGAUAUUCUACAAGAUCACGAUUAAUCUCACGAAAGCGUCAAUCUUGUUGCUGUACCUACGCAUCUUCGUUCAGAAGUAUUUCAGGGUCCUCUGCUAUGCUCUUCUUAGUAUCAUCCUGGCAUACAUGAUCGCAACUUCAGCCUCCUCUGUCUGGCAAUGCAAUCCUAUUCCCCGCGCGUGGGACAAGUCUAUACCCGGCACUUGCAUCAGCCUUACCAUGAACUGGUACGCCAAUGCAGGCUUUUCCAUCGCCACCGACAUCCUCAUCAUGGCACUGCCUCAGCAUGUUCUGUGGAAGUCUAAGCUUCCCACAAACCAGAAGAGGGCUUUGAUGGUCGUCUUUGCCCUGGGUUUAUUCGUCACCAUCACGAGUGUCCUACGGAUGACAACGUUGGACUUCUCAACUACCAGCCCUGAUACCACCUAUGACAUCGCUUCUACGCUGUGGACCCUCAUCGAGGAUAACCUGGCCAUCAUCUGCGCCUGCCUGCCCAUGUGCCGUCUACCGUUGACAUACGUCUUUCCUACUGUCUUCGCCUCCAAGCAAGGAUCGUCCAACGGCAGCUCCGGCUACGGUUCAGCACCACGUUCGAGCAAGGGGAAUUUCAAUUUCGUCCAUGCCGGAACAAGUCGCAAUGAUUGGCAUCCGUACCAAGGACGUGAGGAGAAGGCCUCGAUUCACCUUACAAAUGUUCACGCAGGCAGACCAAGGGUCGCAGACGACACGAGUGAGGAGUACAUCUUGCAACCAACAUCUAAAAGCAGUGGCAAUACUCCUCGGCAGCCAAGCGAGGAGAUUGAGGAUGGAAGGGCAAUCCGAAAAACUACAGACUUUCAUAUGAGUUACGCCGAGCAAGGCUCAAGGGCCUGA